GCUCCAUCGGCGGUGGAAUUGAACCUCACUUCGUUGCUCACCACGGAGACUCUGACUGCAUUCCUUCUUACAACCUCUUCUCUUCUUGAUACUACUUCAUCCUGCUGCCAUAUAGACAACUUGAAAAGCUUCACUUCGUCACUGGGAAUCUCACAAUCUCACAGAUUUGAUACAAGACUGGAAGAUAGUAGCACGAAUCGGUUACACCUCUAGAAAGCUGUUACCCCUCCUCACCCCGCCAUCUUCAACCUCACUCUCAACCUUCACCUCGAAUCCGAAGGCAGCCCAUCAUGACGACAAGAUACAGGGUAGAGUACGCUCUCAAGACCCACAGAAGAGAUCAGUUCAUAGAAUGGAUCAAAGGUCUCCUGGCAGUCCCCUUCGUCCUCUACUCCCAGCCAACCGGCGUCUUCGACACUAGAGCGACGAGCAUAGCCCGUAUGGCAGAGGAAUCCCACCGCCGUUACGCCGAAAUCUUUCGCGACGUCGAGCACAUGAUUGACGACCACAUAACCCGUCAAGACGAAGACCUCCCCUCAAAACUGAAAAUGCUCGUUCCCUCGGCAGGGCCCUUCUUCACCCGCCUCCCCCUCGAAGCGGCCUUCACCCUCAUGGACGCAAAACGCCUCAUCUCCUCCCGCCGCUACGUCUCCCCUUCCUUCAACGACGUCCGCCUCAUCCUCAACGCCGCCCAGAUCCUCGCCGUCACCAGUCCCAGUCCCGGCAGUCCUAGCUCCAGCCCAUCCCCCUCCUCCACCACCACCACCCUCCAACUCGCAACCUUUGACGGAGACGUAACCCUCUACGAUGACGGCGAAUCCCUCCUGCCCACCUCCCCCCUUAUCCCCCGCCUCCUCUCCCUCCUCCGCCGCGACAUCAAAAUCGGCAUUGUCACAGCAGCAGGCUACACCACAGCAGACCGCUACUACGACCGCCUCCAUGGCCUCCUCGACGCAAUCGCCGCCUCCCCCGACCUGUCCCCCUCCCAAAAGGCCUCCAUCGUCAUCAUGGGCGGCGAAGCAAACUACCUCUUCGAAUACGAUCCAUCCUCCCCGCACCUUUUGAGCCCCGUACCGCAAGAGCAAUGGCUCACCCCCGAAAUGGCAUCCUGGUCCGCCGCCGACAUUUCCGCGCUCCUCGACGUCGCAGAGGGCGCCCUGCUCGAGUGCAUCCGCACCCUCAACCUCCCCGCUACGCUCCUCCGCAAAGACCGCGCCGUCGGCAUCGUGGCAACCGACCCGGCCGUCCGCAUCCCGCGCGAGUCCCUCGAGGAAACCGUCCUCGUCGUCCAAAAGAUUCUCGAGCUUUCUGCGCUAGGCUCACCCGCCCAAGCAGCCGGCCACAGAACAAUCGCGCCCACGUCCUCCGCCGACGCAAAGGAGUCCUCCUCAACCACCCGUCGCCGCGUCCCCUUUUGCGCCUUCAACGGAGGCCGCGACGUCUUCGUCGACAUUGGCGACAAGUCGUGGGGCGUGACCGUCUGCCAGCGCUGGUUCGCCGCCAAAGCGGGACACCCGGAAACCCCCAUCGCUGGCGAGAAGACGCUGCACAUUGGUGACCAGUUCCUCAGUGCGGGCAGCAACGACUUCAAGGCGCGGAGCGUGGGUACCACGGCGUGGAUCGCGAGUCCAGGAGAGACGGGCGAGCUUUUGGAUGAUUUGAUUGCGAGGAUUUGAAACGACGACAAAAUCGAUGGAAAAGCGUAAAUGAGGAGAGUGGUUGCCUUGUACGAAGUUGCCCCCUCCCCCCCUUGGCUGCGUAAUACCAGCCGCCCAACCCCCGCCCGAUCCCCUGGCGAGCCUUGAAGCCGUGCAAAUGCUGUUAAAAAAAAUAGGUUUGUCAAGCUCAAGCCGUCGUCUUCGGUAUUAGGAAAGGGGUCAGUGGGGGAGUAUCAGUCACUGCCCAAUUCAUCAUCAACGCUCAUCUCCGAAAGGAGGUGGAUCAUCAAUGACCUGCUGCGUAACUGUGUAUUGCAGCCCUUUUUCUCAAUGUGCUUGGAUCCUUGAUCUAAACAACACCCGCCAAUUUACUUGUAUCGCUGGGAGGACGGAUGGCUGAAAAGGGAGAAGGGAAGGGAACAUGAGGAGGGAACAUGCAUAUCAUGAGCUAUAUCGACAUCAAAUUUGAUACCAUCGUUCUUUGAGACAAGCACUGAACUAGUUGACU